UACAUCUGUCAGAGGAUGAAAAAUGAAUAAGACUGCUGCUGGUUUCUUUGACAGGCCGACGGUGCUAACAGAGACGAGGACAGCGAGCAGUGACAGUGGUCAAAUCAAGAGGAACGUCUCUUCAGCUGAGGCGAGAUCAGCCCAGCGGGACAGAGUCAUGGAGCCACCAGAGGACAUGGAGGGACGCACCUUUGUGCAGGUGAUGAGCGAGAAGUACAGCCCCGAGAACUUCCCGUACCGCAGAGGGCCCGGUAUGGGCGUGGUGGUGGUGCCCACAGUCGGUCCGCAGGGCUCCCCCAUGAAAGACCGUCUGAACCUGCCCAGCAUCCUUGUGUUGAACAGCUGUGGGAUCAGUAGGGCAGGAGACCAGGCUGAGAUUGCUGCCUUCUGUGCCCACGUCAUGGAGCUGGACCUGUCUCACAACAAGCUGCAGGACUGGCAUGAGAUCAGUAAAAUCGUCUCCAACAUCCCCAACCUGGAUUUUCUGAACCUGAGCUCCAACCCUCUGGCAGGGAUGACCCUGGAGCGACGCUGCGCCAAAGCCUUUUCUCGAGUCCGACGCCUCGUCCUCAACAACACUCAGGUGUCCUGGGACACUGUGCUGCUGCUCGCCAGAGAGAUACCUGAGCUGGAGGAGCUGUUCCUGUGCCUUAACGAGUACAGUAGUGUGAGUGCCUCCAGCGUGGUGUGCCCCACGCUGCGCCUGCUACACAUCACUGACAACAGCCUCAAAGACUGGACCGAAGUCCGCAGGAUUGGCUCCAUGUUCCCCAGCCUGGACACUCUAAUCAUGGCCAACAACAAUCUGGCCUCCAUUCAGGACAACAAGGACAUCCUUGAGCGACUCUUCCCCAACCUCCGCAGCGUCAACCUGAACAACUCAGGUCUCAGCCGAUGGGAUGACAUCGAGAAGCUGAACUUCUUCCCCAAGCUGGAGGAGGUUCGGCUGCAGGGCAUUCCCUUGCUGCAGACCUACACCAAUGCGGAGCGACGGAGCCUCAUGGUAGCACACCUCCCUGCAAUAUCAACGCUAAACGGCAGCGUUGUGACUGACAGCGAGAGAGAGGACGCAGAGAGGUUCUUCAUCCGUUACUACUUAGACUACCCGGAGGAGGAGCUGCCUUACAGAUAUCACUCUCUUGUGACCAAAUACGGGAAGCUGGAGCCGCUCGCUGAGAUUGACCUUCGACCUCGCUGCCGUGCCCAGGUGGAGGUUCACUGUGAGGAAAAAGUGCAGCAGGUGAACAUCCGCUUGGACCAGACUGUAGCGGAGCUGAGGAAGCAGCUGACGACCGUGGUGAAGCUCUCCACCAACAGCAUGAGGCUCUACUACAUCGACAAGUGCAGCGCCUUCGGUCCUGAGGAGAUGAAGUACAACACCCGGGCCCUCCACUCCUACAGCAUCCAGGACGGUGAUGAAAUACUGGUGGUGCCCAAGACCAAGUGAACGUCUGGUAUCAAACUGUCUGAGAGGUGGGACUCACUGAUUGAUCGAUUAUUUGGAUUAUUUGUUGAUUGGUUAACAGGAAUCACUAAAUCACUGGAAAAUGUAUACGGUAAAAAAAGGAUCAGCGGUCCACUUGUUAGAGCCUAAAGAAAAGGAUGCAAACAUCUCGAAGACUGCAGAGAGGACUACUGUUAGCUAAGGAGGAUCUGCAGCCAGUAUGGAGGACUUUGUCUUUAUUUAUUUCAGUAUAUUAAGAGGAAUCCACUGGAGUCUGUGGACCAAUCUGUCAGCGUGGAGAACAGGCCGAGGGAGCAACUCGCAAUCUGCCCACAGCUUAACCAGAGGAGGGGAGGGCCCUGCUGUACCAGCCAAGCAGCUCUAUGUACACAACAUUUACCAAAGCACCACCAGCUUGCCCGCUUCUCGCAAAAGCUACCCUGUUUAGUAGUGAGGCACUGCUGCACUCAUCUGCACUUCUAGAGUGGGCACGUUAUCAGGAAGAGCAACAGGAAAAAUCAUGCCUAAACUCUUAAACGCAGAGGUUGGUGAUGAAACUCGCUUUUUUUAGGUCCAUUUUGUUCUUUAGUGGUGUGUUUCUUUUCUACUUCUAUGAAUUACUGCCAAGGUUAGAAGAUACCACGUCACACUGACAUGGUUUGAUGAAAUAGAGUCACAAAGAAGGGGGAUCCUCUGAGAGCCAAUAAGGACCAUCAGAGUUAAAGUUGUAGAAAGACACGUCCUUAAAGAUCCCAUCACAGAGGUGGGCCAAACUUUAAAUAAUAUCAUCGACGAAAAGAACAUCACGCUGUAUUCAAGAAGACUUCAAAAUCAAACAUAAACCCAUCAGAAAAUAUCAAAUGAGGUUAUAAAUAUACGGAAGAGGAUAAGGGCCACUGAAAAAAGAUAAUUAAGGUCAAUUUUUUUAAUAAUUAUUAUUAUUCUGA